UAAAGUGAACGAACACAUCUUACUUUCGCAGUCUAAAAUUGAAUUUUUUAGGCGUAGUUUUGUGCUAAUUGGAAGAAAUUCCAUCGAAAAACACUAAAAAUCUAGUCAUAAAAGCUAAAUAUUGACAUUGAACGUGAUUUUGAAUACUUUUAAAGCGAUAAAAAGUAGCAAAAAACGGAACAAAAUGCUGAGCUUAAAUUCAUAUUAUGAACUUUUGGUUGUGAUAUUAAUUUUGUCACUUAUCUUUCUGUACGACAAAUCGUCUGUGUUUCGAUACUAUUCCAAGUACUUUAUUUACUACACCUACAUAAGCGUGGAAGCGGUCUUUAUGAUUCCCGUUUUCAUGUUGAAAGCGAGAAAUGUCUCAAAUUUAGUUUUAGCAUCACAGUUAUCCAAGCAAGUCACGAGCAUCAUAAGAGUCAAUUGGGAAAUCCGUGGCGCCGAAAUUCUCAGUCAAGACAAACCUUUUGUCAUUGUCGCGAAUCAUCAAAGUUCCAUCGACGUUCUUGGAAUGUUUCAAAUUUGGCACAUUAUGAAGAAAUGCACAGUUGUCGCACGAAAAGAGCUCCUUUACGUCUUUCCCGUUGGCUUGGCAUCGUGGCUUUGUGGUUUAGUCUUCAUCGAUCGAAAAAACGCGCAAAAAGCUAAAGAAAAAAUAAAUGAAGUCGGCGACUAUUUAAAGGAAAAAAAUAUAAAAUUAUGGUUUUACCCCGAAGGAACUCGCAGAAACACUCGAGAAAUUCACGAAUUCAAAAAGGGAGCCUUUCACUUUGCCGUGAGUCAACAAUUACCGAUUUUGCCGGUUGUUAUUAGCUCGUAUUCGUCCUUUUUGGAUGACAAAAAUAAGAGAUUUGAUCAAGGAAAUGUCAUUAUUACCGCUUUGCCGCCAAUUUCAACACGAGGAUUGGAAAAAAGUGAUAUUGAAGACUUGAUGGAACGAACACGUAAUACAAUGAUAAAAACAUACAUCGACACCUCGAAUGAAAUUGAUGCCAAACGAAAAUUAUCUGAUCUAAGCUGAGAAAAAAUGCCAAAAAUAUUCAAAAUUUGUACAAAAAUCCACACAAAAGAUUUUUAAAUAUGACAAAACUCAGCCUUUAACACCUUUUAAAGUCCUUAAAUUCAUUAUUACCGACUGACACCUUUUCGUCUUUCAUUAUUAGCUAUAUUAUAUUAUUCAAUAAAAAAAAAUCUGUAAAUCACUCGUGCUCUCAAUUACACGACGAAUUCGUGCUCGGACAUAAUUAUUCGAGAUUUUCGUGUUCACAAUUUAUUUAUUCUCUUUUAGUAUUGC